AAAUGAUACCGAGCCUUCCUACUGCAGUGAACGCAGCAGCUGCUCAGAGCUGCAGUUGCUGUCUGGUUGGUCUGGUUCAGCUGGGAGCAGGACAACAGGAAGAGGGUGAACAAUAAUGGAGCCGGAGCUAGAGUUAGAAAUAUUAAAGUUUAUCUGCGCUAAUCAGGGAUCAGUGAACACUGAGGAGCUGCUGUGUAACCUCGGCUCAGGCGACGCUACGGCUGACAUCAUCACUAACCGAGAGAAGUUCGCCUUCUGUAGUCCGUUCGGUCAGUCGAAGGUGGUGGCGCGGACCUGGCUGAGGCUGUGUCUCUUGAAGGACUGUCCGGGCGCGUGCACUGGGCUGCACCUGUGUAAAAAGUUCCUCCUUACCGGAUCCUGUCCGUUCACCCGCACGAGGACUGGAUGCAGAUUCUCCCAUUGCCUGGACUCUUUCCACAAUGCAGCGAAGCUGACUGAGCAUGGUCUGGAGAGCCUGAGCCGGAGUGAGCUGUGCACCCUGCUGCUGCAGAGCGACACCAGGCUCCUGCCUCAGAUAUGUCAUAAUUACAACAAUGGUGGUGGGCGGCUGGGCCUGUGUCAAGAGGGCGAUAAUUGCACAAGAUUGCACAUCUGCGAGAAGUACCUGAACAGCGUCUGCAGCUGCAUCAAGAACCAUGAUUUUAACGCUCCACAGCCACAAAAGAGCCUGUCUGACAGAGGUGUGCCGGACCAACUCUUUCCCUCGUUGAUGUCUGUCUAUGCCAACCUGCUGGCUCUGAAGUACGCCGACAGACAGGGCGACCCUGAUGCCAGAGGCUCCGAUGGUCUGAUUCCACCACAGAGAGAGAGGCAAAGAGGGAGAGGGAGAGCUGGUUUCCGGGGCAACCCAGGCAACCGAGGCAACAUGGGCAACCGAGGCAACAGAGGAAACAUGGGCAACCGGGGCAACAGGGGCUUCAGGGGGAACAGAGGCAACCGGGGCAACAGAGGAAAUCAAGGCAACCAGCCAACCCGUUCCACUGAUGAAGUCUUUGCUGACUUAGAUCUGUACACCGAAGAUGGCCUGAGCGAAGAUCGGAGACCUACCUCCCCGUACGUCUCUGCUGCUGCCAACGACACCGAUGCCAGCAGCGACGAUGGAAAGAGCAGAAAGCCAAAUCUGAAUAAAACCUCAGCCGCUGUCCGAGGGAGAGGCGGUGACAGUGGCAACCAUCAACCGCUGAACAGGAGCCGGGCUACUGCUGACCCUGAGUCAGUGAACGACGACGCAAACAGUGAGGAUGGAGCCAGAAGAAGACCGAGGCCUGUCAGAGAUAAAACUGAGAUAUGCAUGUUCUUCAUCAAAGGACACUGUAAACAUGAGGACGAGCGAUGUUAUAAAGCCCACAACAAGAUGCCGUACAGCUGGCAGGUGCUGCUGGAUGAUCAGUGGACGGCCCUGCCUAAUAAUGAGACCAUUGAGAAGGACUACUGUGACCCAAAGAACACGUACAGUAGCAGCAACCUGCCUGUAGACUUCGACACGAUGACCCAAGGAGCGAACAAAGUACGCCGACUCUCCACCUCAAACUCUCUGGUGGAUGUCAGCUUCCUCCACACCACUGAGUGGGUUUGGUAUUGGGAGGAUGAGCAUGCAUCCUGGACCAUGUACGCUUCACGUUCUGGUGGGCACAGCGCAGCAGACACUGGCAGCGCUGAGCUGGAGCAGAAGUUUCUGGACAACGCCAAAGAUGUGGUGGAGUUCAGCGCCGGCUCACAGGCAUACUCCCUCAGUUUCCAGGACUUGAUCCAAACAAACAAGCAGUACGGCACAAAGAGGGUUGUGAAAAGACGGCCCCGGUUCGUCUCUGCAGCUGAUGUUAGGGCAAAGAACACAAGAAGGCCUCUCGCUCAACCAGGCACUGUACCGGAUCACUGGGACAAGACACAGAUUUCUCAAACAGGAUACAAGACAGUCUCCCUCCAUCGCACCUCAGACGAAUAUUUGGAGAUUGAAACCCUCUUCUGUAACACCAUGAGAGGCUUUGACAUCGUGAAAAUAGAAAGGAUUCAGAACAAAGCUCUUUGGGAAGCCUUUCAGUUGAAGAACAAACAGAUGAAGGACAACAACAACGGGCACAAUGUGACAGAAAAGAAGCUUUUUCAUGGCACUAAAUCUGAAUAUGUAGCCGUCAUCUGCCACAAAAACUUUGACUGGAGAGUGUGUGGAGUUAAUGGAACUGCUUUUGGCCAAGGCAGUUACUUUGCCCGGGACGCAAAAUACUCCCACAGCUACACCGAGGACUCUCAUGUAAAAUCCAUGUUCGUGUCGCGGGUGCUGGUGGGGGACUACACCAGAGGGAGCUCCAGCUACCGCAAACCUCCUUCCAAAGACGGGGGGGUCAUCAACCUGUACGACAGCUGCGUCGACGAUGAAAUCAAGCCUUCAAUCUUUGUUGUGUUCGAUUCAAACCAGAUCUACCCCGAGUACCUGCUGCAGUACAAGAGCACGCACCCACUGGUCUCUUUAGUUGCUGCUUCUGCACCAGCACCAGUACCAGCACCGACACCAGUACCAGCACCAAUACGAGUACCAGCACAGAUACUAGUACCAGCACUGACACCAGUACCAGCACCAAGACCAGCUCCCAAACCCAGUGUCACAAGUUAUCAAUCUAGCACAUCAACAUACCAAACCAGUACAUCAUCAUACCGACCCAGUACAUCAUCAUACCGACCCAGUACACCGUCAUACCUAACCAGUACACCGUCAUACCAACCCAGCACCUCCACAAACUACCCCUCAGUUAGCAGAACACCCAGAUUUAGUCCAUCUCCCCUACCCACCCCAGUUAACAGAACACCCAGAUUUAGUCCAUCUCCCCCACCCACCCCGAGCCCAAAGAAGUCGUCUAAUUCCUGCGUCAUUGCUUAAGGACAGGGAUGAAGUGAGCACAUGAUGAUAAUAUGGAGCUUAGUGUGUACAGAGUGCUGUGAGUCAUUUGGGGAAUAGAUUAAAUAUAGUAAUGACAGCCGAACAGCACCCUUCAGAGAACCUGGAAAACAGCUUUUCCCCAUGUUUCCUGUCUAACUGAGUAAUGGGUACAUCAGUCUUUAACUGGUCUAGUGAUGAGGGAUGAACUAAAAGGCAGCCAGGUAACAGGCCGUCACUGUGUGCCACUGACAUGCUCAGUUUUAAAUGUGUGUCCGACACCUUUAUAGUUGGAGUCAUUGUAUUGGAGUCAAGAAGCGUUGCUUAUUGUUAUCUUAAAGGUGGGGUUUGUAAUUUUUGAGAAACCAGCUCGAGUGCGCUAGAAUUUGAAAGUACACAACCGGAAAAAAUCUGCCCCUUCCUUCAGACUUCAGAGCUCCUCCUCCAACACACACGAAUGCACACAUGACCAAUGAGGGCACGAGAUAAGUUUGUGCACAGAUGGAAGGCUGACAGGCAGGUAGGCCAUCCAGUUAUUUUAGCCGGGCCGGCUCAGAUGAUUGGUCGUGCUUUUCACAGCGCCACGGCUUCCACAGAUGACUUUUUUUAAUGUAUUUAUUGUCAAAGCAUUUCAUAUAUUCAUUGCUAUCGGGAUGUUAAGAGCAUUCCAUGGAAUACAACAAAAAGUGUUUCUGAAAUAAAUUACAUACCCCACCUUUAAAGCGAGUUAUUGUCAUGGCGGAAUAUAAAUCUGAUAUUGACAAUGUGCAAUUGAUUCACGACCUCUGAACAAGACUUCUCCGAGAGAGACACAAUAAGCAAAGGUAAAAUAAAAUGUUGUUCCUCUCCUUUCUAUAAUGUUGUCAGACAGGUUUAGAUAAUAACAAAAUAUGAUAACAAUCUGAGACUGUCAGUGGCAAAAACACAGUCCUCUUUCAUUCAGUAGUGUCACUAAAGUUAUUGCUAACAAAUAACACUAAAAUGAUUCAUCAGAAAGGUAAACAAAUGUUGCCUAAACUUAAGGGCAACUUGUUUUUGCAUCUUAAGAAAAGGUAAAUUAUGGCGCAUUUUCAACCUUAAAGGUGGGGUAGGUAAUUCACUUAUAUUCCAUGGAAUGCUCUUAACAUCCCGAUAGCAAUGAAUACAUUAUAUGCUUUGGCAAUAAAUAUAUACAAAUAUUUCAUCUGUGGAAGCCGUGGCGCUGUAAAAAGCAAGUCCAAUUAUCUGCCUCGGCCCGGGGAAGAUAAUUGGAUGGCCUACCUGCCUGUCAGCCUUCCAUCUCAUGCACAAACUUAUCUCGUGCCCCCAUUGGUCAAGUGCGCGUUUGUGUGUGUGUUGGAGGAGGGGCUCUGUAAGGAAGUCUUUGUUUCGGUUGUGUACUUUCAAAUUCUAGCGCACUCGAGCUGGUUUCUCCAUUCUUACCUACCCUACCUUUAACUGUAGGGCCAAUAUUAGGUGUUUGUUAAUCGAUUUUGUACCAUUAAAUCAAUAUAGAAGGAGGGCGGCGGCAAGAUGACAUAAUUGCAGAGCAAAUCAAUCGUCAAAUGAAAAAAACUUCUCAGCAAGAUUUUAACAUGGCCUUUUUGAUUUUCCUGUUAUUAUUCGCCACUAUUUUUUCUGUGUUUAAAACAAGCUUAUGAUUUGCAUCUUACAGUACGUCAUGCUUUUUUAUUCAUUAAGUCUGUUUCCAUUGCACUUAUUUAGGUAGGAUCAACAUUAAUAUAUGUGAAAUUAAUCAGAAAAAUGCUCAGGAAACGUUAUACAUCACAAUAGCCUUUUCUCUCGUUGACUGUUAUAAUGAACAAUAUAUCAUACUGUAUGUAGUCAUUAUUACAGCAGGGGGUCUGCUGCACGGACCCCUGCCAGUAGAGGGCCACACCAUCUUUAUUGGCAUUCAAAAAUAAGCCAUAAAAUGUAAAGCUUCUUACACUAAGUGCAAAUUAGUUUUAUAAUGUGUAGCUACUUGUAGGUUUUGUGUGUAAUUUGUCUUACUUCACAAUUGCACUGCUUUUACUUUUGAAAAACUCUUUUGUGAGUUGAAUAAAUAAAAAAAACAUGUCAUA